UAUAUAUAUAUAUAUAUAUUUGAGAGAGAGAUUGUGUGUGUAUGAGAGAGAGAGAGUCCAAAGAUCUUCUUAAACAAUCAUUUGACUCGUGAUUUCAUAUCUGAAGUGAAAAGUUGCAGAACUUUUUCGAUUAGCUCAGAAAUCACUACGAAGCCAUGUCCAAAUCACUCCUUUCUACUUGGGGAAUUCCCAUGAAGAAUCUUUUGUGGGUCGUUCUGAUUCUUCUUCCAGCUUCUGUUGUCGGGGAAUGUACCUGCGAGCCCGAAGAGGAGGAUCGGAACAAAACCCUCGCGCUCAAGUACAAGCUGGCGGCAAUCGCCUCCAUCUUGACGGCGAGCGGGAUCGGCGUGUGCCUUCCGGUUCUCGGAAAGAGGGUUCCGGCGUUGAGCCCUGAGAGGAGCUUUUUCUUCAUCGUGAAAGCGUUUGCAGCCGGGGUGAUUUUGUCGACGGGGUUCAUUCAUGUUCUGCCGGAUGCUUUCGAAAGCUUAACGUCGCCGUGCCUCAGCGAGCACCCGUGGGGGGAUUUCCCGUUCACGGGCUUCGUCGCCAUGGUUUCAGCUAUCGGGACGCUGAUGGUUGAUACGUAUGCAACGUCGUACUACCGGCGGCGUGCGGGGGCCAAGGCGGCGGCGACAGUGGUGGCCGGCGACGACGAGGAAGGAGCGGUGGUUCCUGUUCAUACUCACGCUACGCAUGGCCAUGCACAUGGGUCGGUGUCGUUGGAAUUGGAUUCCGGGGAAACUGACCGCCUCCGUCACCGUGUGAUUUCGCAGGUGUUGGAGUUGGGAAUCAUAGUCCACUCGGUGAUAAUUGGGAUUGCGUUGGGAGCUUCGGAGAGUCCUAAAACGAUAAGGCCUUUGAUUGCUGCUUUGACUUUCCAUCAGUUCUUUGAAGGCAUAGGUCUUGGAGGAUGCAUCACUCAGGCGAAGUUCAAUACACGGGCAGUAGCAAUAAUGGCACUUUUCUUUUCCAUCACGACGCCAAUGGGCAUCGCUGUCGGUAUUGGAAUAAGCAACAUCUACAGCGAGACCAGCCCGACGGCUUUGAUUGUGGAGGGGGUUUUCAACGCAGCGUCGGCAGGAAUACUGAUUUACAUGGCAUUGGUUGAUCUCCUUUCUGCUGACUUUAUGAGUCCCAAACUACAGAGCAAUGGAAAGCUACAGUUAGGUGCAAAUGUCUCCCUCCUCAUUGGGGCUGGCUGCAUGUCUCUCUUGGCCAAGUGGGCUUGACGCUUUCUCCUGUCUCCAUUACCAAUUUUGUGUGUAUAUAUGUUUUGUUCCUUUCCUUCCACACAUGGAAUGGUAAUAAUAUUACCACUACUUUGUAUUAAAGUUUUGUGAUUCGAUUGGUAUGAAGUGAUUUUUCUUUUUCGAUU